AUUAAUCCUUGUUGAACAAUGUGUCCCAUGAGGACCGUGCAGAGCUGGCUGAACGCAAGGCUGUAGUCCUUAAGCUGGGAUGUCAUCUAAUGGGGAUUAAGAUCAUACUGCCUCAAGUGACCACAGGACACAGGUUUCAAUGUCAGUGACAUUGACCCAAUGGAGGGCUACUUGUUUGGAGCCAACCAAAGCUACUACCACACAGUGUUUGAUGAGGUUAAAGCAGCCACCUAUCUCUACCUGUACGUGUCACCAUGGUUGCUGUUUUUUGGAACUCUGGGAAACAUCUUGUCCUAUAUCAUCAUGCACAAGAUGAGUUCUCAUGUGUGGUCCACCUGUCUGUACAUGUCUGUCAUUCCGAUGGUGGACUUGGUCAUUCUCUAUGUGGAGUGUGGCAACAACUGGAUCAUCCGGCUUAGCAAGAACACCAUUAACAUCAGUCAGUUCCUCGUCGUCUCCUCUAACGCAGUGUGUAAAGUUUACACUUUCCUGUUUAAUUUCAUUUUGCACCUGUCCCCAUGGCUGAUUGUUGCUAUGCUGGGCGAGUGUAUGUUGUCGGUGCGUUUCACACGCCAGACGCCGCGUUUGUGCACACGUGAGCACACUCGUGCUGUCAUACUACUCAUCACUGUUCUCCUCAUCUGUGUCAACAUUCAGUAUUUCUGGACUUACGGAUUAACUAAGGGUAGCCAGACGUAUGUGAUUGCACUGUGUACAUACAUCCGCGAGUGGUCAGAGUCCUUUGGUAGAACAAUAUGGCCCACCAUCAACAACAUGAUUGGACACCUACUGCCUAUCCUUGUCACCCUUGUUUUGUGCCUCAUUAUCUCCCUUACAUAUGUCCGAAUGGUGCUCAGUCCGAAAUUUCGACGGUUACAGGAUGCCAGGAAUGAAGUCCUUUAUCAACAGAUGCUGGAUCCAAUAGCUUUCCAGGAAUUCCAGGGUACCAUUUUAGCUGUUGGAUUUGCGUAUCUUUUGUUAAUAUCACCACAGCUAUGCCUCAUCAUCUAUCGAUACAUUCUGUUUAACUACCAACAAAUCAAAUACACUAUGAAAUUAGAUGCGCAACUCAAACUCUUUUCUGCCAUCUGUCAUAUUCUACGUUACAUCUUCCUCAGCAUCAAAUUUGCAAUCUAUUAUGUUUCCAGCCGGAGAUUCCAACGGGAGUUUCGACAGAUAGUGCAGAUAAUCUUUAAGCCGUUCACGAAUUGCACAAAGCACAAGUAUGCCGUGAGGAGCAGCUCCCAUGUUGAAGAGAAAACCUGGCAGCAGGAUGAUGACCAAACAGUUCGCCUGGUGCUGGAUGGGAAAAAACAUGUCACCCAUGCCAUAGACAACAGUAUUGGGUUCACUUCACACUGCCGUGGUCAUCAUAUGACUACAGAUGUAUAGAUGGUUCUUCUUAUACUUCGCCAAAGUUCACCCAUGAUUCUAAAACGUUUUGAUAUAUACACACAUAUACCUGUGUUGUGCUGUGCUUGUGCACUGAAUUACAACUGUUUUUGGAAACGGUAAAUCCUGAGAUUCAGUGUUGUGCUUAGUGUUAUCCCCAGAUAGUGGACUGUGACCUGGUCACCAAACGGCAAAUUGGAGAUAUCUGUGCGAAUUAGUGGUUAAAAAAAUGGACAAUACAUGAGCAAAAUUCACUGUAGUCUGUGAAUUAGAGCACUGGAUUACAUAUAGUUUCAAAAUGCUCCACAAUUGUUAAUUACAAAGUGCUCUGCCAUCAGAUCUAAUUCCAGGAUAAUAUAAGGUUUUCAAACUAUAACCUUAAAAUUCCUGAUCCCAGAGGUUUAAUGUUUUAAUAUGUUCAAGGAAGUGCAGAGGUUGAAAGCCUAUGUGUACAAUUUUAGAUUCACAACAUGCCUAAUCUUCACCAUUGCCCGUGUAGGCAUGAACAAUGGAAUUAAGCUGAGGCAGUUACUUCUUGAAACAAAGAAGAAAUAUUUUCUUUUCUCUUUACAGUGUUACAAUAAUAAUACUGGUACCUCAUUUGCACAUCAUCAUUACCAAAUUCACUACCAUCAAAUGUUUCUGGAAUGGCCAUAUGGUUUAUUCUUUCAUUUAUUAACUGAUGUCCUAUCAUGUACUCAAGAUCAAAUAAUGCAGAUAUGUGUCCACAGUCAGGAAGAAACCAAUCUAAACCUGGAAAGUACGACCAUGUUUGGUUAGAUAUGGCAACAUCUAAAACAAUACUUUGGGCUGAAGGUUGCUUUAAUCACGGUUUUGAUCAUAUCGACCACAUUGUUUGUCUUACAUUCUAUCAAGUGUGUGGUUAUGCUGCCUAGCUGAAGUACCUUUGAGACCUGUAACAGUAAAUGCCAUGGCUUGCCAAGAAAUGGUAUACUGACGUACCUGGUGGACCAGUGUAUUAAACUUGGCCAGUCUUUUUGUGCAGUUCCAGUUAAUCAACUCAAGGCCAAUUUUGACAACUUAGAAAAAAAAACCAACUUGGCAGGUUGCAUGGAGAAUACUUGACAUGAGUUUGUUGUUGCACACUGUGCAUAUAAAGGGCUAUACUGACAAGAUAGCCUACUGUAAUCAAUGAUGUUAUAGUUUGCCACCCUUAAUUUGUGUGGCACUCUGUGAUGUGUAUGUGUGUCUGUACUAUGAAACAAAAUACCCUAACAUGUUUGACAGUUCCAAUAAAAAGAGUGGUCAUAUUUUUAACAAAAAUUGGUUAUGUUCUGUUUCAGAAUACCAUUGGAAUACAAACUAAAGCAUGUGAAUUUAGUCCUUUGUUUACAAGAUAACUUUGGUAAAUGUGUCUGUUAAACAUUGAAAUGUUCAU